CACCAACCAACCAACCGACCAACCAACCAACCAACCUUCUCUGCCACUUGCAGAUCUUGUUCUCUUCCACUGGACUCUCUUCCUCAGGCGUAGUGUGAUCGUGGCAACUUCUCGUAGCAACCCUUGGGAAAAGUGAGUGUGGUCUGAGUUGAAACAAGUGAGCGGAUUCCUUAACUCGUUGUUGUAUUUCACGAAUUUGAACCUCAUACUUUGGCCGCACUCUGUUGCGAAGAUGGCGAGCACCAAAACAGGGGAGAGGGUGAGUGGUCCUCCCUCAGAGGUGAUCGGGGCCGAGGAGCUACGUAACACUCAGCCAGAGGCCAGUGGACUCUUACUUUUGACGAAGAAAGAGGUUGACGGGUCUACGUCAAGCGUCGAUGGAGACCAGGGGCUUUCAGGCCACACCCAGAGCCUAUCAGCAGAGAAAUCACGAAAUGAAACAGGAGAACACGAGGAGAAUGGGGUUUCUUCUGGCAACGACGUGGAAGAUGCACCUAGUAGUUUGGAAAACUCGAAGGAUCCUUCACCUGGUUACGAGACUAGCGAUAUUCGCACGUCCGCCACCGAUGAGGUCGACCAAUACAUUUCUGAAUUGCCACCUGGGACUCUAGAUAGAGUGUCCCAGGGGAGAAUGUGGGAGCAACAUGAAUCUGAUUCGACGAUGCACGCAGCCAGGCUGCAGGCACAGCGAAAUCUGCAGCUGAGAGUCGCAGACGCAAUCAACCAGGUCGGAGCGGCCAGCAAUGAAUUCUCGGAAGUCCCUGAUACUAGAUGGCCCUCGGGUCACCCGGAGGGUUGUAGCAACCAUGCACUGCGAGACUAUCAGAUGCAACUGAUGGAGUUGGAGCAGAAGAACAAAAUGAGGUUGAUGAUGGCACGCCAGGAACAAGACCAAAACAGUACGGCCCCCGCCGCGAGUGCUCCUCAAGAGCUGCCAGAUGCCACGGGAGGAAACGAUAGUGCGGCAAGCCAUGGUUUCAAGGCACACUUAUAAAAGUGCUUCUUAUCGACUCGAUUUCUCGUACUAGGAGAAUAAUUAGAAUACACUCAUUUUUUUCUUCUCCGUA